AUGGGCAAUAAAGCAUUACAAAAGAAAAGUAAAACGGCAAAUUAUAACGAGCUUACGGAUAAUCAAAUUCAAACGUUGGUUUCAUCAACUCAUUUUUCAGCUCAACAAGUUAGUGAAUGGCAUCAAAGCUUUAUACGCGAUUAUCCAUCAGGUAAACUUGAUCGAAAGCAAUUUAUCGAAGUUUAUCGGCAAUUUUAUCCACAAGGAAAAGCAGGCAACUUUUGCUCUCUAGCAUUCAAUGCAUUCGAUCGAGAUCAUAAUGGUAUUGUGGAUUUUAAUGAAUUUCUUACGGCUAUUGCUUUGACAAUGAGCAGUGAAAUAAAAGAUCGUCUGGAUCUUGCUUUUUCAAUGUAUGAUAUCAAUGGCGAUGGUUUACUGGAUAAAAAAGAAUUAAUUCAUAUUAUUAAAUUGAUUUAUGAAGUGAAUGGAAAGAAAAAAUUCAAGCAGGAUCUUUCACCAGAAGAUACAGCUCGUAUGAUUAUUGAAAAAUUUGAUAAGGAUGGUGAUAGAAAACUUUCUCGAACAGAAUUUAUUGAUGGAUGUUUAAAUGAUACAGAAUUACGAAAAUUGCUUACACCGUGA